CCGAAGCAAUAUUAAUCGAUAAGAAGUAGAACGUGAUAUAUUUAUUACAAAGUGUUUCAAAUACUGUAAGACCCCUAAAAGCGUUUAUAAAAAUGUUUAAAGUCGUUUGGAUGUGCGUUUUUGCAUCACUUGCAAGCGCCUUUCGUUUACCUUUUACAAACAUCAAUGUCAUGGAAAGUUUGCCCGGAAUAAUGCCUUUUAAUUGGAACAAAAUUUCACCGUGGUAUAGUAUGCGGACGCCAAGCACCAAUUACCAUAGUGAAGGUUAUACAUUUGGAGAACCAACUUUUGAGCAGCCAAAUUUUGACAUCUCAGAAGAUGCUUUUCAAAUGCCAGAUUACAGUUUUAGCUGGAAUAUGCCUAACUUUCCACAGUUUGAUGCCAAAGACAAAAAUACGAAGACAAAAAAUAAAACUUAUGAAAAAGAUGGGUAUAAAAUUACGGAAAUUAAAAAGUUUGGACCCGGAUGGACAUCAUACAUUUCUGAAGCAGUAAAGGAAAUAAAAACGAAUAAAACUGGUAACGAAACGAGCAAAUUUAAAUCUUUUAACUUCGGCGGAGACCUGAUUGAUCUGUUUGGAGCUAAAGCUAAGAAAUUUUUCGAACAGCGAAAAUGCAAGAAAUGUCCUCCAAAUAAAUUUUGCGACCCACUGUCUGGAAAAUGCAAAAAACAAUUAAAAGCUGGUAGUGAUUGCGCUUUUGCUGAACAAUGUAAAUCACCACUUUUAUGCGUUUGGGGAAAAUGCAAUUUGGCUACGCAGGGUGACGCCGGUACAUUUUGCAACCGCUCUGAGUACUGCAGCGGUGACUCAAGAUGCGUUCCAUACACAGAUAACAACAAAGUGUGUGUACCAGCUUUAGGAGAAGGCUCUAUAUGCGGGGAAAAAUACGAAGGUUUUGGUUUCUUUCUUGCGUCUUCCACUAAAAAACUAGAAUCAGAUGAAAAUCCAUGCAAAAGAGGUUUAAAAUGUGCUGAUGUCGGGGAUCCAGAAAAUAAACGAUGUGUUCAGAUGAGUUUCAAGGAAUCUGCUGAUGAAAGUGACAAAUCAGCAAAGCAAAUUCAAGCAGAACAAGAAAACCCCCUAGUUAUUAAGAAAGUGAACGAGAAAAAAAAUAAGGAUAAGGAAGGAUCUGGUGACGAAAGUGACGACACCAUAAAGGACUCUAAAAAAGAAGUUAAAAAGUUAAAGUCUUUUCCAGAUAAAAGUGAUCAAGAACCUAACGAACCAAACAGCAAAAAUCCAGAAAACUCAAUAAAAGAUACGAGCAACGAUACCUCAGAUCCAAUAAAGCAAGCUAACAAAGGUAAAGAGAAAAAAAGAAAAAGAAAAAAUUCCCAAAAACUUUCACCAAGCGUAUUAAGAAAAUAACUUACUUAUUUCAUGAAUCUCGUGAUUUAGUAAAGAAAGAUAUAUUUAUGAUUUAAA